CUCUUCCAUAGCCACCACGUGUGUAUUUACAUUUUUCAUCACAAACAUCGGCUGUGUGAAGGAUUUCCAAGCUUCCAUUUCCCCGAUUCACCUUUAAAGAGGUGUAGGAAUGUUGGUGAUGCAGUUGCUGAGGGGUGCAGUGAAGCAUGCUGGGAGCAGUCCCCAGUUCAGUGUGGAGAGAUUGAACUCGGCAGUGCGUGGCAUCAGCUCAUCCUCACAACACUUAUCAGAUUUUGGGGAAACUCUUCCUCCAUCCUGCACUGACACUGAAAGCCCCAAAAUCCUCAUCACUGGAGGGCUUGGUCAGCUCGGGGUGGGGCUUGCAAAGCUACUGAGGAGACGAUUUGGAAAAAACAACGUGAUCCUGUCUGACAUUAGGAAACCCCCAAACCAUGUCUACCACAAUGGUCCGUUCAUCUUCUCAGACAUCCUGGACUAUAAGAACCUCAGGGAGAUCGUGGUGAACAACAACAUCAGCUGGCUGAUUCACUACUCGGCGGUGCUGUCCGCUGUGGGGGAGAACAACGUCGCGCUGGCCAAAGAGGUCAACAUCACGGGUCUCCAUAACAUAUUAGACAUAGCAACCGAACAUGGUCUGCGUGUGUUUGUCCCCAGCACUAUCGGUGCCUUCGGUCCGUCCUCACCCAGGGACCCCACCCCCGAGCUGUGUGUGCAGAGACCCCGCACCAUCUACGGCGUCUCCAAAGUCCACGCCGAGCUGAUGGGUGAGUACUACCAUCACAGGUAUGGGCUGGAUUUCCGCUGCCUCAGGUACCCGGGCAUCAUCUCAGCUAACUCUAAUCCUGGGGGAGGAACCACAGACUACGCUGUGCAGAUCUUCCAUGCUGCUGUGAAGACUGGUUGCUUUGAGUGCAACCUGCGCAGUGACACACUGCUCCCCAUGAUGUACAUAGAUGAUUGUCUCAGGGCGACUCUGGAGUUCAUGGAGGCUCCGGCAGACACACUGCUCAGCCGCACGUAUAACAUCAGCGCCAUGAGCUUCACUCCGCAUGACCUCGUCCAGGAGAUGCAGAAAGUCCUGCCCGGCCUCAAGGUCACCUACAAUGUGGAUCCCGCGCGGCAGGCUAUAGCGGACAGCUGGCCAAUGGUGUUAGAGGACAGCGCAGCGAGGCGGGACUGGGGCUGGAAGCAGGACUGCGACCUCUCAGCGCUGGUGCAGAACAUGCUGACUCACAUCACCACCUGCAACCAGCGUGCACAAGCUAACUGAGCCUUUUUCCCCCCAUGGGAAGCUUAAUUUAAAAGUAUUGAACACUGAGAAUGUUUAGGAUUACACGUUAAACAGUUCAGAGAAUGUUACGAUCAGACUAUUGUCCUCCUCUCCAUCCAAACUAAUGUUCUUAAUCUGGUGCGAGACACUGGAUACUGUCGCUAUGUCACUGUUAAGAGUGUUCUCCCUCUCUGAAUGUACUGUAUUUUUAUGGCAUGAUGUAUCUGUAGGUACACAGAUGACUUUGCCUACUGUAUUUGCAUGUGUAGCAGCUAAACGUCUCCAGCCAUCCCCAAAACCAGUGGGCUUUGAGUAAGAGACACUCAAAGGCUUUACCUCGUUACAGAAGAGAUGGAAACCCUCGUAGGGUUAGUUUACAGGGGCUUUAACCAUAGUUGCCUAGCUUUAUAAAACAUGUUUGAGUUAAAGAAGAAUAGCCUUGAAAAGCUACUUCACCUUUGCACUAGGUGCUUUAAAUCUUGUUUGUAUUUUAACGAUUUUUAUUGUUGCUCUCAGUUUAGAAGCUGCAUAUUUAUGAAUGCUGAUUUAAUGAAUGCAGUCGUUCUCAUUGUUUUAAGGGCAGUAGAGCUCUUCAGUUUUGCAGCUGUACUCUGAAGGAUCUAUGAAAGAGACGUGUAACAUGAAGGGAGGGGGCUAUAGAGCUCCAUUUUGUUUGUUUUUUAAUAUUUAUGUUAUUUAUAAUUAUAUUCUUUGCAGCUUUCUCCAUCAAACCAAAUGGGAUGACCUUUCUUUUUUAAAUAAACACUUAA